GUAAUUAAAUCUUUGUUUCGCUGGCUCACUAAUCUCUUCUUUCCACUGGCUCACUAAUCUCUUCAACUCACCACCGCAAUGUCGGUUGGAGUUCGUCACUUAACAGUCCUCGGCGAGUUCAAGCCGUUCGGCUUAAUCGCCGAAGCUCUUGACGGAAAACCUCCCGACAAUAUUUCAGAUAAGUAUGAUUACUUCCUCUUCGAUCCAGAGCUCGUCAGAGACCGAGGCGAAGCUGAUAGAGAUGUUGGCGGCUCACACACUGAGCCGAGCUGCGAUCACGAGCUUUUCAUAAGAGGGAACCGUAUUAUAUGGACAACUGGUUCACGAGUGUUUAAGAGGUUCACUUUACCUUCUCCUGUUAUCAUGGUAUGCUGGUGUCGUCUUGGUGAUAUGUCAGAAGCUCUUCUUUGUGUCUUACAAAUGGAAUCGUUGACGAUUUACAACACAUCGGGUGAAGUGGUAUCCAUUCCACUACCUCGUACAAUCACAUCAAUAUGGCCGCUUCCAUUUGGUCUACUACUCCAGGCAGUUGAAGGGAAUUCGCCAACUCAAGUUCCUUUUUCAUCGUCAAGCCCUUUGUUAAGUGAACGUGAUAUAUCCCGUCCAAGAAGGGACAGUGGGCACAGCCCACAAAAUAAUUACAGUUAUCUGAGUGCUUAUGGUCAUAUGAUCAAGGGAGACACAGCUUCAAUGUCUUCUCAUUUAAUUCUUAGCGAUUUGCUGGAGGAACCAAUGUCUACUUACAUUGAAGAAAGAGGAAAAUUAAACAUAAUGAAGGACUUUGAUGAAAGAACAAUUUGGACUAGCAGUCAAAUUCCUCUGAUGGCAUCAUACAACAAAGGAAAGAUGCAGCAUUCUGUUUGGGUUGCUGAAGUUGUUAAUUCUAACCUUGAAGUCUCAAGUGCUAGCUUAUGUGACAUAGUUCUUGCUGGUGUAUUGCCCAAACAAUUUUCCUUCCGUAGAAUAUGGCAGGGGAAAGGUUCUCAGACAGCUGCUUCUAAGGUUUUUCUAGCGACUGAUGAUGAUGCAGCUCCUAUAAUUUGCCUUCUUCUUCUUGAACAAAAAACGUUAUUGUCUGUAAGGCUUCAGAGUGUUGAAAUAAAUAAUGAGAUUCUCUAUGAUAUUAAACCUGACAUGAGCUGGAGUAUACCAGCAAUUGCUGCCGCACCAGUUGUUGUUACGCGUCCGAGAGUGAAAGUGGGUCUGCUGCCAUAUGCUGACAUUAUUGUUUUGGCUCCAGACAACGGCCUUCUCCUUUAUUCAGGGAAGAAAUGUCUUUGUAGAUAUUUGUUGCCUUCUUCUUUGCAUAAAGUUCAUCUUUCACAUGGUUUGGAGUUCUCAGAAGCAGCAUCUGUUUCCCAUGACUUGAAGAUUAUUGGCGUUGCUGAUGCAGUUGAGGGGCGCAUCAAUGUUAUAGUUAGCAAUGGGCAGAUGUUUCGAUGUGCAUUAAGACAGAACCCUUCAUCUUCACUGACGAAUGACUGCAUCACAGCACUGGCUGAGGGGCUUAAUUCCAGUUUCUAUAAUUAUUUCCUUGUUCUUCUUUGGGGAGAUGGUGACUCUGCCUACUUAUCGGAGGCAAACUCUACAGUGGAUUCAGAAUGGAACUCUUUUUGUGGUGUAAUUAUGCAAAUGGGUCGAAGAUCUACUGUUACUGCUCAAGAGCCCUUGAAUUAAGUGCCUAAAUCAUCUUGGGAGUUUCUUCUUAACAGUAACUUUCACAAGAACUACUGCAAAUUUAACUUCUUUCCUGGUCUUUCUUCUGGAACAUCCCUUGAUGUGCUGGGAUCAGAUUCCUCUAAAUCAAAUUUAGAUGGUAAACAUAUCCUGAAGGGAUCAUUUUACUCUGGACUGUUCGUGGCAACCUUGGAUUCACUGCAUGCAGUAUAUGAGAGUCUGAAACUGAAUUGUCUUCGAAAACGGGACUUGGAGCUGUUGUCGGUCCUAUUAUGCGAUAUUGCAAAGUUUUUGGGUGAGGAAUGCUAUUUGGAUCAUUAUAUUCGUGAUUUUCCUUCUCUUUCCAAGGGAGUUGGGAUGUGUUCAAGCUCAUUUUCCUCGAAAACUCCUCUGAGCUUAUUCAAAUGGCUUGAAAACUGUUUGCAACAUGGAUGUAGUUCUUCUAAUAUCAAUGACCUUCCACCCUUAAUUCGUAAAGAUGGGAGUUCUGUUGUGAGCUGGGCGCGGAAGAUAGUCUCCUUUUAUAAUUUAUUAUUGGGUGUUAAACCAACAGGAAAGAAACUUUCAUCUGGUGUUUACUGCAAUAUUGCCUCUGGAUCAUACUGCACCAAUGAGGAGCUUACUGUCUUGGCAAUGGUGGGGGAAAAUUUUGGACUGCAACAGCUUGACUUACUACCUUGUGGUGUAUCUCUUCCUCUGCGACAUGCAUUGGACAAGUGUCGUGAAUCUCCUCCCACUGACUGGCCUGCGGCUGCAUAUGUUCUUCUUGGUCGAGAAGAUUUGGCUCUGUCAUGUUUAGUGCAUUCAUGCAAAUCUAAGGAACUUGAAACCCACACCAAUUUGAACCUAAUAUCUAUGUCUACACCUUAUAUGCUACAUUUGCAUCCAGUUACAGUUCCUUCCUCAGUCUCUGAUACUAUAGGAUUGGAUAGCACCAAAUUUGAGGAUACAGAUUCUGUUGAUGGGUCCAUGACGGAUGGCAUGGAGCAUAUCUUCAACUCUAGCACACAACUGAGAUAUGGUCGGGAUCUUCGUCUGAAUGAAGUUAGACGCGUUCUCUGUUCUGCAAGGCCUGUGGUUAUUCAAACAUCUGUAAACCCUAGUGCUUCUGAUCAGGACCUGCAACAGGCUCAGCUGUGGCACCUUGCACAAAGGACUACUGCACUUCCUCUUGGACGUGGAGCAUUUACUCUUGCGACAAUAUAUACUCUUCUGACAGAGGCCUUUACAGUCCCCAAGCUUGUUUUAGCAGGUCGGUUGCCUGCCCAGCAAAAUGCAACUGUUAAUCUGGAUCCAAACAUAAGGAAUAUACAAGAACUUACAUCCUGGCCGGAGUUUCACAAUGCUGUUGCUGCUGGACUAAGACUGGCACCCCUUCAGGGUAAAAUGUCAAGAACAUGGAUAGCAUAUAACAAACCUGAGGAGCCAAAUUUUAUUCACGCUGGACUUCUCCUUGCUCUAGGAUUACACGGACAUCUGCGUGCUUUAACUCUCAGUGACAUAUAUAAGUAUUUUUAUCAGGAACAUGAAAGCACAACUGUUGGAUUAAUGCUUGGCCUCGCUGUUUCUCAUAGAGGGACCAUGCAUCCAGUAAUAUCAAAGUCCCUUUAUGUUCAUAUUCCUGCCAGGCUUCCAUCUUCAGUGGAGUUGGAGUUACCAACAAUUCUGCAGUCGGCAGCAUUAAUGUCAGUGGGACUUCUUUAUGAAGGAUCAGCUCAUCCGCAAACUAUGCAGAUUCUUCUGGGUGAAAUAGGUCGCAGAAGUGGAGGUGAUAAUGUUCUUGAAAGGGAGGGUCAUGCGGUUUCUGCUGGAUUUGCUUUGGGCCUUGUUGCAUUGGGUCGAGGAGAUGAUGCACUUGGUUUCACAGAUACCUUGGUUGGUCGAUUAUUCCACUACAUUGGUGGCAAAGAAGUUCACAAGGAAAGAUCACACUUCUUAUCACUGUCAACGGAUGAGCAAAACCGUAGUGCUGGGCAGAUGAUGGAUGGAACCAUGGUCAAUGUUGAUGUCACUGCACCUGGAGCUAUUAUUGCCCUUUCUUUAAUGUUUUUAAAGACUGAAUCAGAGGCAAUUGUUUCUAGGCUUUCCAUCCCUCAAACACAUUUUGAUUUGCAAUAUGUGCGGCCUGAUUUCAUUAUGCUUCGUGUCAUUGCUCGGAAUUUAAUAAUGUGGAACAGAGUUCACCCCUCUGAAGAUUGGAUUCAGUCCCAGAUUCCUGAAAUUGUCAAACAUAGCAUCGAUGCCCUUAGAGAUGAUAACAGUGAUGUUGAUGAAAUGGAUGCAGAAACCUUUGUCCAGGCCUAUGUCAAUAUAGUGGCUGGGGCAUGUAUUUCUCUUGGGUUAAGAUUUGCUGGUACAAAGAAUGCAAAUGUGCAGGAGUUACUUUAUGAAUACGCUGUCUACUUCCUAAAUGAGAUCAAGCCUGUUUCCGGUACAAGUCGAAAUGCCUUUCCAAAGGGAUUGUCUCGCUAUGUAGAUCGAUGCACGCUAGAAAUAUGCCUUCACCUGGUUGUUCUUUCCUUGUCUGUGGUAAUGGCUGGUUCAGGACACCUACAAACUUUUCGGUUGUUGAGAUUUCUUCGCAGUCGAAAUUCUGCAGAUGGCAAUGCAAAUUAUGGCAUCCAGAUGGCAGUAAGUUUAGCCAUUGGCUUCUUGUUUCUUGGGGGUGGAAUGCGAACAUUUUCAACGAGCAACAGUUCUAUUGCUGCUUUAUUGAUUUCUCUUUAUCCACGCUUGCCUUCUGGACCAAAUGAUAAUCGCUGCCACCUUCAGGCAUUUAGGCAUUUGUACGUCCUUGCAACGGAAUCUCGCUGGAUUCAGACUGUCGAUGUUGACACUGGUCUCCCUGUGUAUGCCCCUCUUGAAGUUACUGUCAGAGAAACUGAACAUUAUUCAGAAACAAGCUUUUGUGAAGUUACUCCUUGCAUUCUGCCAGAACGUUCUAUUUUGAAGACAGUUCGUGUUUGUGGACCUCGAUACUGGCCUUUAGUGAUAGAGCUGGUACCUGAAGAUAAACCUUGGUGGAGUGCUGGGGAUAAGAAUGACCCAUUUAAUUCUGGUGUUAUCUAUAUCAAACGGAAGGUUGGAGCUUGUUCGUAUGUGGAUGAUCCUGUAGGGUGUCAGUCCUUGAUGUCACGUGCGAUGCAUAAGGUGUUGGGUUUGACAAGUUUAGGAGCAUCUGAUCCAAAUAUCAAUAACAACAGUGGUCCUAAUUCUGUUACUGUUGAUCAGUUGGUCAGUACCUUUUCAUCUGAUCCUAGCUUAAUUGCUUUUGCACAACUUUGCUGUGACCCUUCCUGGAAUAGCAGAUUUGAUGGUGAUUUCCAGGAAUUUUGUUUGCAAGUUCUAUUCGAGUGCAUAAGCAAGGAUAGACCGGCUCUGUUGCAGGUCUACUUGUCAUUAUACACGACGGUUAGGUCAAUGGCCGAGCAGGUCACCAAUGACAAUGUCAUUGUAAGUGACUCGCUCCUUAUAUCCAAUUUGAAGCUUGUGCUCGCCUAUAAUGAAGCUCUGUUAAGUGGAAGAUUAUCUGCUUCAAGAGGAGGCAUUGUUCAACCAAUCUUCAUGGGGUCUCUUAGGAAGCGAGUGGAAGACAUUCUUAGUUGUUCAGAUGGAUUUAAAAUUGAUUUGAGAAAGUAUCUGAACUCAGGAAGAUGGCAUGACGAAGAAGAAUCCAAAGAAGAGAAAAAUUUAGUACUACUUUCAUGGUAUCUUAAGUGGUUCAGCGUGCCGGUUCCAUCCCUUAUCAAGUCGGCCGUGGAGAAAAUCAAGCCCAAUCUAGUUUCAUCAUCUUUGGUUCCUUUGUUGCGUUUGUUAUUUCCAACCACUCACAUCAAUGCCCUUGGUGAGAUAGAUAAGUUGUUCUCUUCCAACAACUGAAGCUAGGUUUAAGGCUUUUCUUCCCUCUUCUCCAUUUUUUUUUCCAAAAGAAAGAGCAAACUUCAGAAAUUUGGUGUUUGCAGCUCGACUCGCCAUUGUAUUGGUGACAGAGGUCUUUGAGAAGAAAUGUUCUGAAGCUCAUUUCAACUUGUCAUAAACAUAGGUUUGAGAAAGAACGAUGGAUUACACUGACGAAGUUGGUUUCGGUUUUGCACAAAGAAAGAGCUGUGCACUCAGUUUGUGGAGAUGAAAAAACUAGCCCUUAAAUAUACGAUCCUGACUGAAUCAGGAUCUAAUUAUUAUGUGUACAAAAGAAACAAAAUAAUAUAAAGAUAGUGCUAUAGUAA